UUCCACCUGCUGCAGAUGAACGCCUCGGCCGCGCAGCACGCGGAGUCCCUUCGGUACUCCGGGCGCGAGCGCGUGGAGAGCGCCAGGCAGGAACAGGCGGAGCUCUGGCGCGAGGCGCUCGCCGAGGUGCACGGGAAGGUGCUGAUGGAGCUGGGGUUCGUGGACCUCGACCCCGGGCGCUGCUGGGAGGGCCGGGCGGACGGCCUCGGCUUCGCCCGCUGCUGCAGCGUCGGGGACCUCGCGGCGCGGUGCUGGGGCGGCGAGGCGCAGGCGGACGCGGACGCCGCCGCGCCGCAGAGCGCGCGGGAGCUGGAGCUCCGGUGCUGCGGCGGCAUGGCCCGCCGGGGGCCGCUCGACCCGCGGCUGGUGCUGGCGGUGGCGUCGCAGCUGGCCGGCACGUCGCAGCGGCGGCCGGAUCCACAGGGCCUGGUGCCGGCCGUGGAGGCCUGGCUCCGGAACCCGGCGGGGCAGGCGGAGGAUGGCACCCCGCUCAGCGAGCUGGUGCUGCGGCAGGUGGUCGAGGAGAUCGACGAGGAGCACCCGCUGCCACCGCACGCCGACGAGCAGCUCUGGCGCCCGGUGGAGCGCCUCCGCGCCGACCUCGACGCCCUCGGCGCCGCGGGGGACCCUGAGCCGGCGCGCUUCGCGGGCGAGGAGGGCGCGGGCACGCGCGAGGCGUGGCUCCCACUCCCGCCCCUCGCGGGCGGGGCGGGCAGCCGCAGGGCGGCCUACGUCACCGUGGCGCUGGCCCCGCAGCUGGCGCAGGUGGCGCCCGAGGACCUGCGGCCCGAGCCCGGGGCCGGCAGCGUGGAGGAGGUGGACCUCGGCGCCCUCGCGGGCACCCUCGCGGCGCGGCGCGCCGAGAGCGCCGAGGGCGCCGCGGCGGAGGCGGGCGUCCGGCAGCUGCGGGAGGCCGAGGCGCUGCUGCGGUCGCUCCACGGCCGCACCGAGUGGCUGUGGACCUGCGGCGGCCGGGAGCCGCUCGAGCUUCUGCUCUGCGUGCCAGCCGAGCUUGUGUGUCUACGUGACACGGUCCUCUGGCGUGUCGCGCGGCUUCGGAUCCCGGAGGCGCCGCGGAGCGCCGAGUGCACCGCGGACGGCUGGCGGGAGCUCGCGGGCGGGGAGGCGGAGGCCGGCGUCUUCGCGGGCGCGCGCGUGCGCACUCGGCGGCGGGGCUCGGAGGACAUCACUGGCGACGAGGGCCUGGUGCGGGCCGUGCUCACCCUCAGCGGGGAGCCGGGCGUGCUGACGCGGGUCUGGCAGGUGGUCGAUCCGGGCACAGGCGGCCUCGAGUACUUCGACUUUUCUGACCACGCCAUCAUGGUGUCCGUGCCGUGCAACGUGACCGAAGUUGUGCCGCCCGCAGGAGCGCGGGGGCCCGCGGAGGAGGGCGAGGGCGGGCCCCCGGACGCGGGCCGCGCCGCGGAGGGCCGGAGGUGGCCGCUGUGCGUGGAAGCCAACGUCGCGCUGCCCUCCAGCAACGGGACAGGUCUGUUCGUCAACUUGCAGGCCCUGGGCAUCAGCAGCGGCUGCUUCCAGGACGACUGCUCCCACUCGGACCACUUCGCCUGCGCCUCCCCCGCGGAGUGCGCGCGCGCGUGCGCGCGCAUCGGCGCCUGCCGGCGGUGGACGUUCCAGGAGCGCCCGCGCGCCAGCCCCGGGCAAGAGGAUCUUCGCGAGCUUGCCGAGGGCAUGGGCACCUUGCCGACCUUCCCCAGCCAGGAGGUCCCGCCCCGCGGUGCGGGCAAGGGCAAGGGGUCGCUCCGCUCUAUCGCUCGCAAACGUCAUGCUGCCGAUGCUCCUGGCGAACCUGGCUCUGACGAGCCCGUGGACAUGGAGGCCGACGACUUCACCUCUGACCAGUACAUUAGGCAGGUCUGCCGCGAGGAGUUCGAGCACAUGCGGGGCACGAUCACCGCCGAGGUCAGCAGCAGCAUCUCCAAGACUGUGGGCGAGAACCACACUACCCUCAACAUGCUCUCGGCCAUGCAGGCGGAGGUCGCCAAGCAGGCGCAGAUUGAUGAACACACUGCGCAGCUCCUCGCAGCUCAGACCAGGCUGGACCGCCACGACUCUGACAUCGACAACCUGCGGGAACAGGUGGCGGAGCUCCGCAAGCAGCUUGCCCUUGCUGCCGCCGCGCCUCGUGACGAGCAGCCCCCGCCUUCUUCGUUCGAGCGUGCUGAGGACAGCACCAUCGUUGUCGCUGUUGCCCAGAAGCCCACCACCCAGGCCAGCAUCGCUGCUUCCCUGCAGCCCUGGCUUGAAGGGCUUGGCUUCUCCAGCGAGGACUUCUCCAUCGUGCUUCGGGGCAUGGCGCCCGCCCGCCGCUUCGAGGUGCAGUUCAAGAGACCGUCGGGCGCUGCUGCACGCAAAGCUCGCACGGCCAUAUCCAGCCUCCGUGAUCAAUCGGGCUGGAAGGAGUUCUGGGUCACCCCUCCUGGCGCCGAGCGCUGCCGGCUUCAUUUGGGCCCCGACAAGGGCCCGAAGCGCAUCAAGCAGGAUUUCACGCAUCGCAAAGUGCGCCAAGCAGUCGACCUUCAGUACCCAGGCAGGCGCCUGUUCUCUGACAAGGAGCGUGCCGUUCUCUCGAUUGGUUGGGACAAGUUCAUGCAGCUUCAAGUAUUUCAUGGCGACACGCCGCCCAAGCUCUAUUGGGAUAUCCCCGUUCUCCGCAAGCACGACAUGGAUGUCGAGACCUUGCGUGCGGCGUGCCGCGACAUCACGCACCCGGCGGACCCCUCCCAGUGGACCCUCUUGCAGGCGGGAGGCGACGAGGCGCGCAUCAAGAAGGCCUACCUCCACAGACUUCGUCCCUGCUCCACCGUCACUGCGCUCAAGGAGGUGCAUCAGGACCACCGCCGGCUCGUUUCCUUCGCAUCGACCGUUGCGUCGGGCAUCUCUAUCUUCACCAGCUUCGAUGAGGACCCGUUGACAGGUCAUAUUCGUGGCUGCGCGGCUAUAUUGGUUCCUCCCCUUGCGGGCUCUCACAGCGCGAUGCCGACUACAGCGCAGAUGGUGCUCAUUCCUGGGCGUGCGCACGUAGUCACUAUCUCGUCUCCUUCCCACUCCGUCGACGUCUUCAACAUCCAUAACCACGAGCUCGCUCAUGCCGACGUCCGUCACGUUGUCGAGGCGAUCAAGGCCUCCAGAUUGCGUGCGCAGGAGGCCCCAGACAUGCGCGCCACCUUCGUGCUGGGGGACUUCAAUUUUGCCGUGCACGAUGCGCUGUCGCUGGCGCUGCCUACCGCUGAGCUCUUUGCGAGUUCAGGGGGCGCGAUCCAGAUCGUUCUUCCGAAGAACGUCACGGAUGACGAACUCAGGGACCGCGCGUGUAUUCCUUUUCCUGAUAAGGUUCGUGUCUCGGGACUUCGGAAUUGCGACCUCAAGAUCAUCUCCGCGGUGGUCAACCAUGCCGCCCGCCCAGCGUUGCAGGCCAUGGCUCCACAGUGCCAGCGUGGAAGUGUUCCAGGUCGGAACUUCGGUGUCAACAUUCUCGAGCUAGAUGUAUCGAGCAGAAUCCUGUCCGUUACGCCCCAUGCCUCGCGGGACACCCCGGUUUUGUAUCCCCUCGACUUCGGCCAGGCCUUCCCCUCUCUCAACCAGGACUUCCUGACGCUCUGCCACAGUCUCAUGGGCCCCCCUGGACCUCUCGUGCAGUUCGCGUCUUCCAUCUACUCGUCGGUCGAGGGGGCCACUUUGCACCAGGGGCACUUCGAGCACGGCUGCCCCAUUUCUGGAACCUUUUACGCCCUGGGCAUCACCGCUUUCCUGGUGGACGUGACCGCGAAGAUCGAAGGGCCUCAGCUGGGCCUCAUUCGUGCAUGUGCUGAUGAUAUCGGAGGCGCCCUGCGUUCCGUUCAUGCCCUGUCCCAGGCCUCCUAG